AUGCUUCUUCAGCCUACACUUCUGGAGGUGCUUUGUUCUUUCUUGACUAUUCCGGACUUCUUUACUUUAUUCCGAGUAUGCAAGCAACUUUACAGAAUAAAAAGCCAUAUUCUCAGCUUGAUUUGCGGGAUUAACGCUGCACUCAAGGAAUUUGUGAUCGACGCUACAACGUUUCGAGCCCAGUUGGGACACUACAAUGCAGUGAUCGCAGGACCCUUUGCCCUCAAUUUCUUCCAAUUAAGCAGUAACAGGGUCUCAAGGUUGGACAUCUUCGUCAAGGAAGGUGUCGAUGCCGAUCGAUUCACGGAUUAUUUGCAAACAACGGAAGAUUACAAGAACGAUUCUGAAGUCGACAUGAUUCCAAGACGUAGAGUCUAUAGUAGACUUUCACGGCCGAAUAUCCAAGUCCGUGUCACGCGAACAACUGGGCUACCUAUUAAAACCAUCCUCACUUCUUCAUCAACAACAACGGUGGUCAAUUUCAUCACUUGGAGCAAGGCAUAUUGUGUCUUCCCUCGCCAAACCCUUGUCAAGCAUGAGUUUUAUCCCCUUCGACCUUUGGAUGAUGAUUUCGGCUUGGAACUGAGCGAACUUUCUCCCCAUGGCUGGACAAAUCGAGAUAUCAUAUGGCCCGACCAUGUCGGAGAAAAACUUCAGGGCUUCCUUCCUGUUCGGCGGGUUGGUGAUAGCUCUAGCCUAGUGAUUGCCCUGGAUACCAACUCCGUUCUAACCCGAGCAGUCCCAGAUUAUGUAAUUGAAUUUUCUCAGUUUGAGAUUUCCGGAGAUGGCUUGCAGUCCAAUGCAGGCACAACCGGGUUCAGGCAUAAUCAAGGACUUCACCUGUUUGGGCAGAAUCAGUCCUGGCAGAGUCAUUCAUCAAACAUCACACAAAGGCGGUCCUUCUUACAAAUCAAAGCAAAUGAGUUGUCGUCUCCUGCUCUGCGCUACUUUUACAUCAUCACUUCUUCAGAAUGGCGCGACUUUGUGAGCCAACGAGCGCUACGUUGGGCCUGGUUGGAAGUGUACAGAUUAGACCCGAGAGAUCGACCCAUUCAACCCCCGGCAUCAGUUCCAAUCGUCUCAGAGGUCUCAAUCCCCCAAGCGUUCGAAUUGCCACAAUCAUGGGAUUAUGCCGAUGAUCAAAUACCAAUGUGGUAUCGACAUUGGGAGGACAUAAAUAUAGGACGGCAUCUUACAGGCAGAUCUAUAUAG